AAAAAGGCCAGAAGGAUUAAAGGCGUCAAUUUGCUUUUUGAUUCAGGUGAUGAGAGAGUUUCAAAAUAUGAUAAGAAAGAGUUAUUGAGGAUCUUAGGGGACAAUCAUUAUCAUUCUUCCGAAGAUUCG